AUGGAAUUUUAUUUUUACUCUGUUUUUUCAGCAGUUGUUGAAAAUCUACAGACAAAGGAUGGCGGACCUUACCGUGAAACAAUUCCAUGGUCAAACAUAUCUUUAAAUCGACAACACGAUUUGGAAAAUAUAGACAAGAGAAGGUCGGAUAAUUUUUAUCCUCUUGCUGACCGAUUACUAAGGUCACCAACUAGACAGCUUAAUAUCGAGCCUUCUACGUCAUACGGAAGUGAAAAUGAUAAUAUUGGUUGCAGCCAGGAUACUUCGUUUUGUAUCAGUAAAACAUAUCCCCAACUAUCUGCCAAGCUUUUACACAGAGAAACGCAUAUUUCUGAAAAACAGAACACGCGUGAUGAGUGCAUAAUUUCUAAUGGGCCUAAUUCAAAUUUUAUGACACAUAAAAACAUUUCAACUGAAGCCAAAUUAAUGAAGUCUCCAGAAAGAAAAAUAGUUUCAUCGAACGAAUUUGUUUCGCAUUAUUCGAUCAACAAUUGUCAGACGCUUCCUGAAAUAAGAUCACAUCAAAACCAAAAUUUAACAGAAUAUGAUUUUCCGGCAUCUACAUUUAGUAGCAAUCUUUCCUCAUCUCUUUACUUUAUAAAUAGUGAGAAAAUACCUCGACAUUAUGAUAUAGAUAGAUUGGAACAAAAGUUGGCUGCUGAAACUGAGGAUGAGAAUGAACUAGUCAAAUUUCAACGAGAUUAUGCAAAUGAUUUUGAUGCUAAUUUUUCAACGAUGAAACGAAAACAAAAAGUAAUAAAACUGCGACAAAAAAGACAAAAAGUGCGAAUAGACGGUGUUUUCAGAAAAGUACGGGCGGUUGAUACAAUGUGUCGGGUUGUGGAGAGCUAUGAUUUUGACUGGACCGAUCUUUUUCCAUUGGGUAAAUAUUUUUCUAUGAUUUCUAAUUAG